AUGACGGAUUGGGAUCACUUUGAGAGUUCCAACUCUCACCCUCCCGACUCUGUAGACCCUGUCAUUGCUGGAAUGGCUGAUGUCAACAUCACUGAAGAAGGUGAACUCAGUGAAGCGAGUGAGCUCGCUGGUUUCAAUCACCCUCCCAAUCAGUGGACUGGCCCUUCUGGUGAUUUUAUCAGGGAUGUUGCCGCCAGGGGCUGGUCUGAUCGUAUUCCGUUCGAGUAUGCUAACCUCUCGAACCCUGAAUUCGCCGAAUGGGCAUGCAACGCCAAGUGCUACGAAUGGAGUGACGAAUUUGGAGAUGUUGGUCCAAAGAAUGAAGAGCUCGAGAAGCAGCUUUUCAACGCGGACAAUAUGACCCGAGCUGGACUGCAACUUGACCGGCUGAACGAGAUCGACGUUAAAGUGGAAAGCGAGGAUCGUGUGCUCCCUAUUGUCAGUUGGGAUCACGCCGGCUUGCACCCCAUCAUGAGACAGAACAUUGAUCUGUGUCUUUACACUACCCCUACAGCUAUCCAAAUGUACACUGUCCCUGCCAUUCUCACUGACAGAGAUCUGAUUGGCAUCUCUCAAACUGGCUCCGGCAAGACAGCCGCAUACCUCAUUCCAAUCCUGUCCAAGCUGAUGGGAAAGGCAAAGAAGCUGGCCGCCCCGCGCCCUGACAUUGUCGGGCCUGAUUUUGACGCAAAGCUGAACGGGGUCCGAGCGGAGCCUCUGGUCCUCAUCGUGUGUCCCACACGAGAGCUGGCUACUCAAAUAUUUGACGAUGCCCGUCGCCUGUGCUAUCGCUCCAUGUUGCGUCCUUGUGUCGCAUAUGGCGGUGUUCCAUCACGUUUCCAGCGUGAUGAGCUCCAUAAGGGCUGUGACGUUCUGAUCGGCACUCCUGGUCGGAUCAUUGACUUCAUGGGACAGGGCCACGUCCUGUCACUUAAUCGUGUCAAGUACACCGUCAUUGACGAAGCUGACGAGCUGCUUCAUUCUGACUGGGAGGACGAUUUCAAAAGAAUUAUGUCAGAUGCCACCGAAGAUGAUGAUCAUCGUUACAUGAUGUUUUCUGCCACCUUCAACAGGGACUGCCGAAAGCUUGCUCGUGAGUAUCUCAGUCAGAACUAUGUUCGCAUCAGCAUUGGCCGGCCGGGCAGUUCACAUUUCAAUGUUGAGCAGCAGAUCAUCUACGUCGAGGAAACCCGGAAAAACGACGCCCUCUAUGACCUCUUACUGAGCAUGUGCCCCAUUCGAAUUCUCGUUUUCGUCAACAGCAAAAAGCAGGUCGACUUCGUCGACGCAUUCCUUUACGAGCACGGUCUCCCCAGCACCUCAAUCCAUGGUGAUCGAACUCAACGUGAGCGAGAGGAUGCUAUCCGCUCUUUCAAAACCGCACAGUGUCCGAUCAUGGUCGCCACGGCCCUCUCUGCCCGUGGUUUGGACAUCCCGAACCUUAUGCAUGUGGUCAAUUAUGAUCUUCCGAGGACCAAUCAUGGUGGUAUUGAUGAAUACAUUCACCGCAUCGGGCGCACCGCUCGUAUCGGAAACGAAGGGCUGGCAACUUCUUUUUACACCGACAAGGACCGAGACCUUGCCUUUGAUCUGGUGAGAAUCUUGCUGGAGUGCAACCAGCCGGUUCCCGAUUUCCUUGAGGAGUACAUUCCGGCCGGUAGUCGUCCUGUAUUUGACGACGAUGACACCGAUACCGAAAGUGGCGACGAUGAGAACGAUGCUGGGGUUGCUGGAAAUCUCCACGAGAACGAGGACAACCUGGGCGAAGAUCGCCAGGGUUCUUCCCAUCAAGAGACCUCUGGUUCAGACAACACGGGUCUGGUCGGAUCUCACUGGGCUACCGCCGAUGUGACGCUGUAA